AUGAAGUUUAGAGGCAAACUUGUUCAUAUCGGAUGCAUACAACACUUCACAAAUAUAGUGGGCACAAUUUCAAAGCUCAUAAAAACGUGCAUCAUGCGCAUCACCAUGGACAAAGUUUUCUUUAUCUUGUCUGAGAGAAUUGGCGAUGGCGGAGCUCAGAUCUGGUGUGAACUCUCUCAGAGCCAUUUCUUUGAUGAGUAUGCUAUGGAAGGAGUAUCCAAAGAGGACAAUGAAAUCUAUCUUGAAGUGCAUCCUGACCUUUUGUUAAGGUCGUUAAAGACAGCACAUUCGGCAAAAUGGGUCAAAGUGAAACUGACGAAGAAACAUGUUCCUUGUCUGACUGUAGAAAUUGACUUACCAGGUAAUAGCAUCCACCAAAGAUUGGUCGUUCACGAUGUACCAGUGACAGUAGUGGCAAGAAAAUUGUGGCCAGAUUACACAGAACCUGAGAUGCCAAAAUUUGAUGUGAGCAUUGAGUUGCCACAGUUGAAACUGCUGAAGAAUGUUGUGGACAAAAUGAAAAACCUCAGUAAUUAUAUGACUUUGUCUGCAAAUGCCAACGGAGACAUGAAACUGUCAGUGGAAACAGACAUGGUGGCCAUCAGUACACACUUUCAGCAUCUUCCAAAUCCAACAUGGA